AUGGACUCGCUAAGUAAACAAAAUAAUGGUUACAAGUACCUUUUGACCGUUAUCGAUGUCCUGGGCAAGUACGCAUGGGUUGAACCAAUUAAGACGAAAACGGGCGAGAGCCUCGUUCUGGCGUUUCGAAAACUAAUUAAGAAGGGGAGAAAAUCUGAGAAACUAUACACAGACAAAGGCACAGAGUUUACGAAUAGAAUGUUCCAAAAGUUUUUAAAGGAAAAUAAUAUUCGAUUCUUCACGACCCAUAACGAAACCAAGACCUCAAUUGUGAAAAGGUUUAAUCGUACACUGAAAGGAAAGAUGUGGAAAUAUUUUACGGCUAAAAACACAGUAAAGUACAUUGACAUAAUUCAGAAGUUGGUCAAAUCAUACAACCAUUCCAGACACCGUAGCAUAGGAAUGAAACCAGCUGACGUGAAUAAAGAUAACGAAGGUUUUGUGUGUCAGAAACUGCAUGGAGAAGAACCUCACAAGUCCAUCUACUAUAAAUUUAACAUUGGUGAUCAAGUUCGGAUAAGUAAAGCACGGCGUACGUUCAAGAAAGGUUACCUACCCAAUUGGACCGAAGAAGUGUUCACUGUAACGAAGGGAGUGCCACGACGUCCUCCCGUGUGACAUUGUUGACCAUGAUUCGGAUGAAGUGGAAGGAGUCUUUUAUGAAGAGGAACUUCAGAAAGUGACUAAAACUCAAGAUGACUUUUAUCGAGUAGAAAAAGUAAUUAGAUCACACAUGCGUAAUAAACGUAAAGAAUAUUUUGUAAAAUGGCUUGGUUACCCUAAAAAAAAUUAAUUCCUGGGUGCCGGAAGAGAAUGUAAAAGACAUUAAUAAAUAAAUAAAUUGAUUUGAAUCCUAUGACUUGUGUUCAUUUAUGUUCUGAUCUUCAACAUGGCAACACAGUUUUAUUUGACGUUGUCGAGUAAUAGUUCCAUACAAUAUUUCCCAAAUAAUACCGUGGCAAAUUUCAGAGUGUAAUUACCGAAGCAAUCGUUCUGCCAGGACAGUGGGAAGUUGCAUUGAUCGGACUGCAUUUUCCGUACACGUGGAGUACGAUUCGAAAAGGAGUACAACAAACGUUUCUGUAUAAAAAUGGCAGCAGCCCUUAUCAAACUGUCGUGCUUAAAGACACACAUUAUUCUUCUAUUGAUAAACUAACAAAAGAACUAAAUGCCAGCAUGUCAAAAGAAGAACAAACGAAAGUGAAAUUUAGUUAUAUUCGCAGUUCUUGCAAAUUUUUGGUUGAUGUAAAACACGGCACAACUGUUUGGGUUACCAGUGACAUAGCAACAAUUUUGGGAUUUGACCAGGACACGUGCACUCUUAUUGAAAAGAAAACCUUGAGUCCGUAUGUUGCAGAUAUCAAUGGUGGGUUUUCCUCCAUGUAUGUCUGCAGCGAUAUCGUUGAUGUUCAGUUUGUAGGCGAUGUCAAAGUUCAGCUAUUAAUGAUCGUCAACAUAGAAGGGGAAUAUGGUAAAAAUAUUCACGCGAGUUUUCGCAAUUUGCAAUACGUCCCAGUGAAAGUCAAUUCCUUUGAGAGUAUCGAAAUCCAUAUAAAGAACGACAGAGACGAAAGUGUCUCAUUUGCCUCUGGAAAGUCAACACUUCACUUUAGACAGAAGAUAUCUCAGUACUUUGUUUAA